AAGGGAAAGCGUUUAGCCUCGGUAGGAAAGCUCAAGGGGCAGCUGCUCUGGUUCGCCGCCCAGCAGCGCCAAAAAUCCGCACACGGAGACGGGCACCCCCACCCACGGGGCCACGGCCACCAAAGAGGGGAAAGCCCGAGGGGUGGCCUCCCGCCGGCUGCCUUUCCCACCCUGCUCUUCAGGGCACGGGGCCGCCACUUCGGGGACCCAGAGCAGGAGACGCCCAGCCAGCCCACGGAGCAGCAUGCAUCUGGAGGAUGGCUGAGGCGGGCCGAGGAAGCGCUGCCACCACCACUACCCACGGCUGGCUGCCCCGAAGUGAAAGGAGAGGAAUGAUUGCUGCGUGGGGAGCCUGGACUUGCUUUUUCCUGGUGGCCACUGUGCACAGCCUCCCGGCAGCCAGGAUUCCUAUUCCAGACCCCGAAGAAACGCCGACAAGAGCACCAUUAGAUUAUUUAAGGACCGAUACAACAUUCCUCGAGGAAUUGGUGGUUGGCAGUGGCGAGAACAUCGAACUCCUGUGUAACUCUCCAGGCUAUUCUAUGUCUGUCUUCUGGUAUAAAGAUGGCAUUGGGAUUUCACCUACUAACCGAACUCAUCUUGCCCAGAAGUUGUUAAGGAUUAUCAAUGUAUCUUACGAUGACUCUGGCCUGUACAGCUGUAAGCCAAGGCACUCCACUGAAAUGCUCAGGAACUUCACAGUACGAGUGACAGAUUCUCCAUCGUCGGGUGAUGAUGAAGAUGAAGAUGAAGAUGACUCUGAAGACGGAGUUGCCCCGUACUGGACCCGUCUGGAGAUAAUGGAUAGGAAGCUUCUGGCUGUUCCCGCCGCAAACACUGUUCGCUUUCGCUGCCCAGCUGCUGGAAAUCCCUCUCCGUCUAUACACUGGCUGAAAAACGGCAAAGAAUUCAAAGGAGAGCACCGUAUUGGGGGCAUCAAACUGCGACAUCAGCAGUGGAGCCUCGUCAUGGAAAGUGCAGUUCCGUCAGACCGAGGCAACUACACCUGUGUGGUGCGGAAUAAAUAUGGCAUCAUUUGGCAUACCUACCAGCUCGAUGUUCUUGAAAGAUCACCCCACCGUCCUAUUCUCCAGGCAGGAUUGCCUGCUAACCAGACUGUGGUGAUUGGGAGUGACGUUAAAUUCCUUUGCAAAGUGUACAGCGAUGCCCAGCCUCACAUCCAGUGGCUGAAACACGUGGAGGUCAACGGAAGCAAGUAUGGACCAGACGGGACUCCGUAUGUCACUGUCCUAAAGUCUUGGAUCAGUAAAAACCCCGAAGCCGAUGCUUACCUAAAUUUGUCUAAAGUGACAGAACAAGAUGAAGGCGAAUAUCUAUGUAGAGCCAACAAUUUCGUAGGCAGAGCCGAAAAAUCAUUUUGGCUCCACAUUGACAAAUCAAAACCAGCGGAAAAGCGAGUUGCCGUGGACGAUUCCAGCUCCCUUUAUGCAGGCAUCCUCAGCUAUGGGACUGGCUUCGUUCUGUUCAUCUUGGUGGCCGUGGUGGUGGUUAUCUAUAGAAUUAAAAGGCCCUCCAAGAAACCGAUUAACACCACUACUGUUCAGAAAGUCUCCAAGUUCCCACUCAAGAGACAGCAGGUAUCUUUGGAGUCCAACUCCUCCAUGAAUUCUAACACUCCUCUAGUCAGGAUCACCCGCCUUUCCUCCAGUGAUGGACCAAUGCUGGCCAACGUCUCAGAGCUUGAGUUGCCAGCUGACCCCAAGUGGGAACUGGCAAGAUCUCGCCUGACUCUAGGAAAGCCGUUGGGCGAAGGCUGCUUUGGUCAAGUAGUAAUGGCAGAAGCAAUGGGGAUCGAUAAAGAGAAACCAAACAAGCCUAUCACGGUCGCGGUCAAGAUGCUGAAAGAUGAUGCCACAGACAAAGAUCUUUCUGACUUAGUCUCAGAAAUGGAAAUGAUGAAAAUGAUUGGGAAGCACAAGAACAUCAUUAAUCUCUUGGGGGCCUGCACACAGGAUGGUCCUCUCUAUGUCCUGGUGGAAUAUGCGUCAAAGGGGAACUUGCGAGAAUAUCUUAGAGCCCGCCGGCCGCCUGGCAUGGAUUACUCUUUUGAUACCUGCAAGCUGCCUGAGGAACAGUUAACGUUUAAAGACUUAGUCUCCUGCGCCUACCAGGUGGCACGAGGGAUGGAGUACUUGGCAUCUCAGAAAUGUAUCCAUCGGGACUUGGCAGCUAGAAAUGUUUUGGUCACAGAAGACAAUGUGAUGAAGAUAGCUGACUUUGGCCUUGCCAGAGAUGUUCACAAUAUUGAUUAUUACAAGAAGACAACCAAUGGUCGGCUGCCUGUGAAAUGGAUGGCUCCAGAAGCAUUGUUUGACCGUGUGUAUACGCACCAGAGUGAUGUAUGGUCCUUUGGAGUGCUGCUAUGGGAGAUCUUCACUUUGGGAGGGUCUCCCUAUCCAGGAAUUCCAGUCGAGGAACUCUUCAAACUCCUAAAGGAAGGCCAUCGCAUGGAUAAGCCAGCAAACUGCACCCAUGAUUUGUACAUGAUUAUGAGGGAGUGCUGGCAUGCCGUACCUUCCCAGCGGCCAACCUUUAAGCAACUAGUUGAAGACCUGGAUAGAAUCCUGAUAGUGACCUCAACUGAUGAAUACAUUGACCUGUCUGUGCCUUUUGAGCAAUAUUCGCCUGCGGACCAGGAUACGCAGAGUGCCUGCUCUUCAGGGGAUGACUCUGUAUUUGCACAUGACCUUCUCUCCGACGAGCCCUGUCUCCCCAAACAGCAAGCAAAAGGCAUCGUCAGGACAUGAUGGCAGACGCCCGCAAGGAAGAGACUCGUGAAUGUACGUUUGGGGGGAGUCCGGAAGAAAAACCUGAGGGAGGAUUUCAUGACUCUCCUCCGUGGCGCAGAAGAUUUGUAAUGCCGCGAAGCCAUACAAA